AUGCACGAGAAAAUGUACUCAGUAGUCGUGUUAUUAGUUUUAUUUUCUGGAGUGAAUUCUAUUGUAAACCCGCUAUGGGAGAAGCAAUGCAUUGAAUACUUUGCUACGGGCGUAAAUUACGAUUUAAAAGAAUUACCAAGUGAUAUGUAUACACUUUACUACUGGCCGCCGAAUCAGAGAGAACGCGAUAGGUGUGAACACAUUACUUUCACGAAUUUGACGGAGUAUGAAGCUGCCGAAGCCAGUUCAAAAUGCAGUAAUUUGCGUCUGCCAUCGAAUCAAACUGUAAUCAAAGGGACAUACAUCAACAACGUUGGGAAGCAAGUCAAUUUACUGUUCUACGGCAAUGAAGAAGUAAAGGAAAUGUACCGCGCGUGUGAUAAAAUAAUAUCUAAGUAUAUUUUUAUAAAAGUGAACGUUAAUUAUGUGUUAGGAAUCAACUGUUCAUCUGGUGGAAGAGGUAUGCUGUUGUCGAGGUAUUUAGCUGGGAGUACAGAAGUUCAGAGUGUGGCUGAUACCAUUGAAAUCAUGACAGGUCGUGAAGGAAAACCCGACUGCCCGCUUAGCGCUUAA